UGUCCUUGUAGGAACCUUAGAAAAUUGAAGUAUGUAAAGAAUUUUCAUGGCUUUGAUCUACACUUCAAGAGGCAUUGUAAAGAGGGAAAGCUACCAAACUAUGUGGUAGUUGAACAAAGGUACUUUGACUUGAAAAUAUUGCCAGGGAAUGAUGAUCACCCUUCUCACGAUGUCUUUGAGGGCCAGAAAUUUGUGAAGGAAGUGUAUGAAGCACUCAGAUCAAGUCCCCAAUGGAAUGAAAUGUUGUUCAUCAUCAUAUAUGACGAGCAUGGUGGUUUUUAUGAUCAUGUGCCUACUCCGAUGACCGGAGUUCCAAGUCCGGAUGGCCUUGUGGGUUCCGCACCAUAUAACUUUCAAUUUGACCGUCUUGGUGUUAGAGUUCCAGCCAUUAUGAUUUCUCCGUGGAUUGAACGCGGUACAGUGUUGCAUGGGCCUUCAGGGCCAUAUCCCACAUCAGAGUUUGAGCAUUCUUCAAUUCCAGCAACUGUUAAAAAGAUUUUCAAUUUGAAAGAGUUCUUGACUAAGCGUGAUUCCUGGGCUGGCACUUUUGAAGGUGUUGUGAGCCGAAGCAGCCCAAGAACUGACUGUCCAGUUAAAUUACCUGAACCAGUGAAGCUGAGAAAGGCAGAAGCAAAAGAAAAUGCAAAAUUAACAGAGUUCCAAGAAGAGAUGGUACAAAUGGCAGCAACAUUAUGUGGGGACCACAAGAAGGACAUUUAUCCUGACAAACUUGUAGAGAACAUGACUGUUGGUGAGGCAGUUAAGUAUGUCAAUAAUUCCUUCAAGAAAUUCUUAGAAGAAUGUGAGAAAGCUAAGGCAAGUGGUGCAGAUGAGUCCCAGAUUUGUGUCCCAAAUGAUGUUGAUCCGCCCAAACCACCAGAGGAUAAAUCCAAAUCCUUUGCUUCUAAGUUCUUUUCUUGUGUAGCUUGUGCCAAAUCAUGAACUUAAUCAUCAUCAUUCAUAUAUGUUU